CUCUUUGUUCCACGCUGAUCUAGCGCCAUGGUCCGCAGCGUUUCUUUCACCCAAACCGAAAAACCUAUGCAGCCAGUCGAUCUCCCGAGCUAGCUCAACGGCUCUUCACUGGAAUCGAUAGAGCAAGCAGAGAAAACUGUUUGGAGGAUGAGUCACCCGCAGUGUUCGUGCUAGCUGUAGAGCUAAAGUCAGCUAAACCUGCCAAGGCUGCAGCGCGCUUGUCGAUUCCUACUACUACUACCUUGACUUUAUAAGUAGGCUCGCCGAAGAUUGGAGAGGUCUAGCUCCACGCUGCGUGGGGAAUGGCCAGCCAAAUGCGGCCAUCAGAAGGACAAACGGCUGGCUAUGGCCUUGAUUAUCAGCAGUCAUACGCACAACACAAGGUCGCUGCAAUGGGUCCGCCGCACAGCCACAGAAGGGACUCCGCUCCGAAUGGCUACCACCUGAUUCAGCCCAGAAUGUCCGACCGCGCACAACAGGAGAACUACUUGGAACCGAGAAGGCGCAACACUGCGGGAGAUCAUGAGCUUCAGCAAGCUCAAGCAGUGGUGCAGCUUGGUCGUGCGUAUCCGCCAACAAAGCAUCAUUAUGCUGAUGAUAGAAACGGAGCCUACAGCACUGACAUUCCCCACUACGAUGAGCGAACAACAGCAGCAACAACGACAGCAGCAGCAAUGCCAUACGAACAGGCAGCAGCGACAGCGCCUGCUUCUGCCAGUCAGGCCCACUACGGACGCUCCCAUUCUGCCUCUGCUGGCACGGGCAGCACGUCUGGUGCGGGUGGUAGCGAACGUACUGGCAGAACGACGGGUCCUCACUCUGGGCGACUGCAGGCUGUCAACGAGAUGAUGCCAUCACGAUCAGGCAUAUCCAGUAGUAAUCAAGCUGGAGAAGCGCUCAUCUCCAGCGCCACCGCAGGCAAAACAGCACAGCCAGCCACCGGGGGUAUGCAAAACGUUAUAAGCAUUUUCGUUCAGGAUAAGGUACGCAGCACACCGCGACCUGUCACCUCGCCAGCAGUUCUCGGCGUUAGUGAAGCGGGGCAGCCUCCUCAGCGCGACGUCGUCGAAACAGGACAGGUCACGGCAACUGGCACUGGAGCGAAUUAUCCGUAUGCCGGGCAUGGUGCACCGCUGUCGGGCCACCACGCCAGCUCUCACAUGCCUGGGUCAUCAGCUGGGUAUGGCUUUGAUCGACGUGACUCGAGAAGUGCAGCAUGGGAUAGUCAACCACACCACCAGCACCAGCACCAGCAGCAGCAAGCUGGAGAUGCCGGGCGAUCAAACUACAGUGGCCAUGUAUCCAGCAGGCAAUAUUCAGGUCACCAGCAAGCAGAACCUGCUCAGCAGAACACCAGCCGCCAGCAUAGCUCCGAGCAGCGCUCUGGAAGAGCUAGUGCACAGCAGGCAGCUGCACCAUCCAGACAAGCGUCCACGCCUGACCAGCAGCUGCAGGCGAGACAUCCCUCCUCUGGCCUUGUACAACGUGUGUCACCAUCCAGUGAUUACAACCCAGGACAGAAUAACCAUGGGCAUGUUCAGCAGCAGCAGCAGCAGCAGCAGCAACAACAAGCACCCACUCAGUAUCAGCCAUAUCCUCCACAAUCCCACCCUACUGGCCACUAUACAGCAGCAGCACCAGCAGCAGCAGGGCAGGUGGAGACUCAGCGAGGCUUGCCACCAGCACGGUAUGAUCUGGAGAGCACGGAGAACGCUGCUCCUGGGCGUCAGCAGGAACCCAGUCCAAGAAAAGGUAGUGGUAAUGCUGCGGCUACAGCGGCAUCUACCUAUGUGGCAAGUCGGGGCAACCCAACCUCGGCAAUGGUAGAUCCAAGAUACUCCCAUGCUAACCAGACAGCAGCUAACGUCGGAUACGACCACCAGGUGAAUAACGUCAGCGGACACAUCACGCGCACGCCGAGUGGCCCACAGCAGUACACGACGUUACAGGAGCAUCCGAUUCCCCCAUCUGCGCCUGGUCAGUAUGGCCCUGGGCAGGCAACUGCAGGGUAUGGGCCUCCUCCAGGACAACUUCCCCCUCCGGAGCAGAGGCAACGCCAGCCACAGCCACAGUACGUGUCGGUCCCCGGCCAAGGUCAAGAGCGAAAUCAUUCCCAACCGCAGCAACUGCCAACAAGUAGGCCUGAAGACCUGCAAGCCGUUGGCCGAGGUGUCCCGUCGCAGCGCUCCUCACAGCCACACCACCCACAUGCAGAGCAGCCACUACCGACGAACGGCACUCCAGAGCCUACAUCAACUCGCCAUGAAUAUGAACCAACGCGGGCUGUCUCAGGGCGUCAGCCGAACCCAGCAACACGGAGGGUGGUGGAAGAUGGAGCCUCUCGAAGCCGAGCUAACGCACUGGUUGAUGAUCAGGCGUUUGAAGUAGGUGAUCGACAUCCCCAGGUGCAUGGUGUGGUGAGAACAACCAACCAGACAGGUGACAGGCACACUUCUGGGGAGUUUCAGCAGCCACAGCCACAGCCACAGCCACAGUCGCAGCAAAGUCGACCGUUUCGUUCGAAAUCGGGUGCUGGUGGAACUGUCAGGCCGUCGGAAUCAAGAACUGAAAGAUUAGGAUCUACCGGUGCAUCAUCCUCAGUGCGUCGUGGCCAUGCUCAGCCGGAGCAACGUAGCCACACAGCCCCUGUGCCGGCUAAGCACAGAGCAGCAUCAUCGGGGGAAACCCCCAGCAGAACUGGGCACCCAGCAAUGCGUCGUCUCUGCACCUACCCGCCCGAAGUACCUGAUGAGCUCCGGCAACUGAAUAGCAACCUCACAGCACAGAUGAUCCUAUUCAUGGCGCCAAGCGAACAUGAUCAGUGUGAACUACAGCUGGCUGAGCUACUGGCUCAGUCCUUUCAAUCUCCCAACAAGCCACCAGGUAACUGAAGUGUAAAGUAGUCCUUCAAAUCAGCCAAAAACCACCAAGUUCGUCAGGGAAGAGAAAAGUGGGUGACGGUUUCUUGUUAGCAUCAGUGUUCCAGCUGCUGCUGGUAGUUUAUCAGUACCAAGUGCCGCUGUCCUUCUUCCUGUGUUGUCACCCUAGCAUGCAGGUGGGUUCUGUAGCAAUGUGGAUAUUGUACAAAGAGAGCUUGAUCAUGCACAUUUGAGGAGCAGCAUUCCGUCAUUCCGUCUUUAUUGGCCCUCUAAGUUUGCAUUUUCAAAAAUUAUGUCGGAGGCAAUUGAACACAAGCUUUGCAAUUUCAGUUGCCCAGCAUUAUUAUCCCAGCAGCAAAUAUGUCCGGAUAUGAACCGAUUUUUUUGAGUUUCACAGAUUCUAUUUUUUUGAGUUUCAAAUCCUUCAUUCACUAA